UUCCCGUCAUUCGGAGUUAUUCAGGAAUUAGUCGAAGCCGAUAAUGAGGUCCAUUGUUUGUUGAAAUUAUGCGAUACAGUGGCAUACGACGAAUUCUUACAGGCCUAUGAAGUUGAAGUUUUACUGACUCAACAGUUUGCUCACAUCGAUGAGAUAUUUCAGCACACGACGUUUUCAUUUUGGAGCCCUUAUCAUAGUAAAACUAAAUAUAUAUCCCGGCGUCUAUUUAAUCAAGAUUACUAGGUUACAACUUUACAAUAACUAUAGAUUUGGUGAGUCUUUCCAAUUUUCUUCUUAGCGGUUAAUAACAUAAACAAAAGUGAUGUUUUUGUUCUUAUAUUGUGAGUUAUGACAGCCAGAAUUCAUCGGGAAUCUGAUGCAGAAUUCUGUCAGAAUUCUUUCGAAAUUAAAGCAACCGAUUCGAGCACAAUCGGGUUUUGAUUUUGAGUCAAAUGUUACCCAGUGAACGAAAAGGCGACUAGGCGGGUUUCAAUGGCCGCCGGCGAUUGAUAGACUAAUUGAAACUUUGUUCUAGGCUACCCGCCAUAACUUUCCGUUUGCUACGAAUAUAGGGUGGGUACAUUUGAGUUGGAAAUCUGACAGAAUUCUGAAAUAAGGGCCGGAUGUUUUGACUAGGAAGGCUGUGCUGACCCCGAUACGGAAAAGAAAGGUGUACACAUGCCUCAUUUUUGAGUGUUUGGGUUUAAAUGUCAAACUAACAAGAACGACAUAAUAAACCCUUUAAUUGUUAAACUCGAUUGACACGUACGUUUACUUUCUUUUCUAGUGUCAGAGGGAAUAGACGAUAUAAAUAUUUUUAUGGAACUGAACGAGCAAGACUUUUUACGUUUACAAAUGAAAACUAAACUGAUCAAGGCAAUCCAACGAAUUCAGAAAAAACUAAUGAUCGAGCCUAUUGUUGAAGAAGUGAUCGAUGAAAUAAAAAUUGGAGAACUAAGAGAAUUAGAGAACGACAGUGAUGAUACAGAUGAAGAGAGCGAAUCAAGAGCGAAAACAAGGAUGGAAACUGAAGACCAAAAUAAUCCCUACAGAGGAAUCAAAGUUGAAAAGGUUAUCAACAUCGACAAAGUAUUCAAGAAAACGUAUGAUGGCAGGGCUGUGAUGGAAACUUUAAAGAGCGCUGGGAAAGCAGAUGAUAGAACCCUUUCAAAAAUUAAUAAAGUUCUGUGUGAAUUUCUAAGAGCAAAUUAUGGAGUAAGACCAUCGUCAUUCUACAAAAACAUGACGGCUUUAUCUCUAGUCGAAUCAUAUCCACAAUUGCGUUCGUCUACUCCCGACAUACCGCAAGCUUUAUGGUUUCAUGCGCAUGCUCGAGGAAAAAAUCGCCAUACCGGAAGAAUCCAUUACCAUUUGGAAUACCUUGUGCGUAAAUCGAAUGACAGAAUCAUCCAAAGAACCAAGAAUGUUCUCGAGCAGUCAGCAACAACUGAGCAUAGCAUGCAACAGGAUAUUAUUGUUGAUGACGCAGUUAAUAUUCAAGAUAUGACUACUGAACUAAAAUUCAUUUACCCUGGUCCAAAUACACGAGCACGAAUAAUGGAAUUGUGGGCUGAAACAUUCACCGAUCGUGAUGUGUACCGUAAGAACGGUUUUUUCGAUCAAUAUUUGCGGGAAUAUCCUGUGACUGCUAGCUUUGAUGGAGAAAUGAUAACACUUGAUUUCCAACGCAUGUUUCCGAACGCACCUGAUUUUUGGACGGAAUUCGAUUUGAUGCAAGCAAAAGUUCUGCGUGCCUAUCCAGAUUUGUUGAAACAUAUUACGAAUAAUGAUAUCAGAACACUGGGAAUCAUUCGCUUGAAAAACCCAAGUCGGGGAAUGAAGAGAAAUCGUAACACAAGCCAUUCAAAAGACAAUCCGUUGAUAGGAAUCGUGGAAUGGAUACAAGCUGAUGAUCCAAUUCCACAAACAAUGGAAGACAAUCCUAUGCUCUACAUUCGGGGAGAGUUUCCCGACGAUGGCGGAAUUGGCAUUGUCGCUUGGAAAAGCACGGAAAUAACCAUCGAACGUAAUUUUCGUUAUUGUUUCGAAUUGCUUUGUCAAACGAUUAUUGUUUUCAAAGCAACUUGUCGGCCCAGCGACAAACAAUUUUUUUCUUUUAUUUUGAGUUCAUUACUGCGAGUGAACAAUUUUACUACAACCGGAGAAAAAUUCCAGAGAAGUUUGGAGUAGAUUAAACUCAAAACACAUAU